AUGGAGACGAGGGACGCGCUCUCGCAGCGGAGACUUCACCCGGAGAGGGAGACGAUGACGACGUCCGCAGGGGUGACGGAGCCCAGGGUCCCCCCGGCAGCCCCCGGGCGUGGAGCGAACCCCGCCGCGUCCCACCCCCGCGCCACGCGCCGCAUCGUGGCCGAGGACCCCGAGUGGAACCUGGCUACGGUGCCGCGACUCGCCCACCUCAGCCUCGACGCCAUCGUCAGCAACUUCGAGCACCACCCGGUGCUGGAUGCGCUGCUGCCCAAGCAUCGUACCGCUGUGCUGGCGCGGAUCUCCACGCAGCUGCCCCUCACCCUCGCGGCCGCCCUCGUCGGCGACGAGGGCUACUGGCGCCGCCGCUGCCAGGCCAACAGGGUCGUGGGCGACGUCCUGAGCCACGGUAACAGCUGGAAGCGCAUGUUCCUGGAGCGGCACCUGCAGGCCCUCAUCGAGCUCUACGUCCCGGACACGACAGAUCCCAGCGUCGUGCGGGAGGCCGCGGCGGCCUGCGGCCCCUUCGUGCGCUGCCUCGACGUGGGACAGCUCCUCCCACCCAUCAGGGAAGCGGCGCCGGCAGCCGACGACUCGUCCGACGCGGGCAGCGACGACGGUGCCGAGGGCCCCAGCGUCGACCACUUCGACUUCGGCUCCAUCGCGGGGCAGCUGCCGCACCUCGAGGAGCUGCACGUCGCCUACGGCGUGAGGAGCUGCGGCAUGAACUUCGAGUGGAGCCUGUUCGAGUUCACGGGGCGCGACUGCGAGUCGCUGGCGCGCGCCGUCAAGAGCUGCCGCACGCUGCGGGUGCUGAGGCUGCACCGCAGCCGCGUGGGCGACGAGGCGGUGCGCGCGCUCGUGCGGCAGCUGCUCGACCACCCCUCGCUGCUGGUGCUCGACCUGUCGCACAACCUCGUCGGGGACCGCGGCGCCAGGGCGCUGGGCAAGCUGCUCAACCGCAGCCGGCUGACGGCGCUCAACCUGUGCGACAACAGGGUCGGCGGGCACGGUGGGCAGGCGCUGGCGCAUGCCAUUUCCCGGAACGCGACGCUGCGAGUGCUCAACCUCCGCCUCAACCGCCUCGGGGACGAGGCUGGGCAGGCGUUGGGCCGUGCGCUACAGUGCAAUUCCUCGGUCGUGGAGCUGUACCUGGGGGGAAAUGAGAUGUCGGAGCCCACGGCAACGGCGCUCGCUCACGCCGUAGCGCUAAACACGAGCCUGCACACCAUCGACCUCUCCUGCAAUCGCUUGGGGAACGACGGAGGAAAGCAGCUGCAGGAGGGGAUGAGCCACAACCGCACGCUGACAGAGCUCGACCUGCGGCUGGCGGAAGCCGGGCAUGACAGCGAGUACCACAUCAGCAAGAUCCUCAAGCAGAACCGAGAGCACGCGCACCGCCACGGCACGACGGAGCGCGCUGGCGCCUAAGCACGCGAGCUGGCCUCAGGCACCAGCACCACCGCUGGCACCCACCGCCUCAAGGGCACUCCGAUAGUAAGACGUCUUCGUCGCGCUAAUUGCUCUGCCAGAUUUUCGUAGGGUGCAUUUUCGUUUCAUGUCGUUUCGAAUUUCCAUAAUAAAUUACACCUGCUUCUCAAUUAAUUGCUGGAUGAUGGCCACCCCAAGCUGUGUCUGUCAUCAAGGUUGUUUGACCAUACUUCCUCAUAGUAGUGAGUGCGGGUAGGUGAGGGGAACCAGAAAAGGUGAGCUCGCCUCUGAUGUGAUCCGUGGCUGGGAAUGGAAUUGAUUCCCCAGGCUUGUAGCGCCCAAGUGAGCGAACCACGUGUAAAUUUCCACAACGACGCUGUGAUAUAUACGAUACAUUUAUUCAUAAAUACUGGAUCAGAGUAAACAAAACCCCAUUCUGCAUUUAUCACUUAUAUCUACGUCGCCUACACAUUUUACGACCACUCGCAUUCCGCCCGAAUAUGUGCAACCAGUACACAAUCAUGCCUUGCGUGGAGAAGUCCAGGUUUCACCAUCGUACAUCCAGCCGUGCCAAUUUACCACCAACAAGUUUGCUGCCAUUCACUUACAAAUGCUAGAUGCGGUGCCAUCGUGGGCAAACCGAGUGGCGCGUAGCCAUAUCGCGGGCCUUCCUAUAGCGAUCCACCACCUGCAUUGCUGAAUAAAUGUAUGCCUAGCUGUUUACGGAGCAGUAAAGUACAGGCCUCCAACGCCUCACCAGAAAGACGCACAUGCAGACAUUAAUUACCACGCACCAACUCAGAUAAUCACCUCGAGAAUAAAAGAUUAACUACGGCAAGUAACGAUUCACCUUCUCACUCGCCGCAGUUAAGAGCAAUUGGCAAGAUUUGGCGGUCAUAAUUUGAUUAAAGAAUUUAGAAUGUUUUUGUCCUGUUUGUACUCUUAUUUUACUCUCUCGUUUGUUCAGUCUCAUUUGUGCCAACCAAUUAUGCAAUAAAACAUUGCUUCAUAUUGUGUCUAAAUGCAACCACACCUUACGACGCCCAUACAGUGACAGUGGGCCUAUUGCGGAGAGAGAAAUAUGCGGUCAGUUACAGGCAGAGUAAAAAAGUAAGUUCUUGAGUGGACCUGAGUAGGGAGUCCAAAGGUAACAUUUACAUAUUAUUUAGUCGUCUUGUGACCAUUGGGAUCAGUUUUAAUCAACAUUGGUGAAUCGUUACAUGUCUAAUAAACACUGUGCAACAGAUUGGAUGUGUAAAAAAAAAAGGCAAUUUAAAGAAAGCUAUUCAACGUGAGGCGGCCCCACUAUUCGUAA